UUAGGGCACUUCUGAAUUCUGUUCCCGUCCAGUUUUCGAGCCGUGUCCUGUACUCCUCUGCAUUGUCUCUCUCCGUCUGAGAUGCUACUUCAAUCAGUGCAGGGAAGCGGGCAUUCCUCAUGGAAUCCAUUCCCAUAAAUCCCUCAUUUCAGGUCUCUGUUCACGAUCGCCUAAGCCCUAUACUUGUUCCUUUCAACACCAUUUCUGUAGCAUUAUUCAAGUUCAACAAAUUUAAGAAUCCAAAGACCCGUAAGAUAUCUGCUUCAUAUAGACCUCAAUCGAGUCUCACCAACGUCCCGAAGAACAGUUGCCGAAACUACGGUCUACCCGUUGGUCCUUUUUGGGGUUUCCUCCCUUUUCUGCAGCGCAUCAAAGGUUUGGCUACGUUGGUGGAGAAAUGGGUUUCCUAUGUGAAAGGAUUUGGGCAACCGGAGAGAUUGCCAGAGGGAUGGGACGGCGAGUACUUGCAGUGUGGAGGGAUCGGAAUGGCUCUUAUGAGCUUGACAUCCACGGCGAAGCUUCGUAUCAGACCGUUCGUGGCCACGCUAGCGGCUAAUCCGACUUUUGUAUCGGGUCUUCUGGCUUGGGUGAUGGCUCAGUCGACGAAGGUGUUCUUGAAUUACUCCGUGGAGAGGAAAUGGGAUUUCAGGCUUCUUUGUGCUUCUGGUGGGAUGCCUUCGUCCCACUCUGCCUUGUGUACGGCUUUGACAACUUCGGUGGGACUCUGUCAUGGGGGGGCGGAUUCGCUUUUCCCUGUUUGUUUGGGGUUCAGUCUCGUUGUCAUGUAUGAUGCAGUUGGAGUUCGUCGACACGCAGGGAUGCAAGCAGAGGUCCUUAAUAUGAUCGUUGAUGACUUGUUUAAAGGGCAUCCUAUCAGUCAAAGGAAGCUGAAGGUGCUUCUUGGUCACACCCCAUUGCAAGUGCUUGCCGGAGCUCUUAUAGGCAUGUUGGUUGCUUGCCUCUGUUGUCAGGGUAGCUUGGUUGGUAGCUAGGUUGCUACCGCAGGUAAUUUCACGAGAUUUGUGUCAAUUCUCUGAGACUCAAAUUACACCUCCUGGUUCAAUGUGAUAAUUCUGUUGAGCUCUGACUAUAAUUCUUUUUCUUGUCAAACAAAAUAAAUUUGACAAGAUUGUCUUCUGAGCUCCAUGUUUAUGUAGAUGAUUGUGUGAGAGGGACCUACUGGUUUCUGCA